AAUCUUCUAGAUCGUGAGAUACCAAAGCAAAGCAAGUCUUCAGAACUUGGGAGCUUCAACAUCAGUUACUCAGGUUAUGAUCGUUCUGAUGGAAGGGAAACGGAUGUCUCUUCAUUUUAUUUUGCUCUUGGUCGUUUCUGUUGCUUCGCAGCUUCGCGCUUCGGACGUGCUGUUCUAUGAGCCGUUCGAUGAAACAUACGAGGGACGGUGGAUCGGUUCUGAGAAAGACGACUACAAUGGUGUAUGGAAGCAUGCAAAGAGUGAAGGUCAUGAUGAUUAUGGACUUCUUGUGAGUGAGAAAGCAAGAAAGUAUGCGAUAGUGAAGGAGCUUGACAAAUCUGUUAACCUAAAGGAUGGCACUGUCGUCCUGCAAUUUGAGACUCGCCUUCAGAAUGGGCUUGAAUGUGGAGGUGCAUACUUGAAGUACCUCCGACCCCAGGAUGCUGGAUGGAAAGCCAAGGAAUUUGACAACGAUUCUCCCUAUUCCAUCAUGUUUGGGCCCGAUAAGUGUGGUUCCACUAACAAGGUGCAUUUCAUCCUCAAGCACAAGAACCCCAAGAGUGGGGAUUACAUUGAACACCAUCUAAAGUCUCCUCCAUCUGUCCCUUCUGAUAAACUCUCCCAUGUUUACACUGCCAUUCUGAAACCUGAUAAUGAAUUGAGAAUUCUGAUUGAUGGGGAGGAGAAGAAUAAGGCUAAUUUCCUGUCAGCUGAAGAUUUUGAACCACCACUCAUCCCUGCCAAGACUAUCCCUGACCCUGAUGAUAAGAAACCUGAGGACUGGGAUGAGAGGGCCAAGAUCCCUGAUCCAAAUGCUGUUAAGCCAGAUGACUGGGAUGAGGAGGCACCCAUGGAAAUUGAAGAUGAGGAUGCUGUGAAGCCUGAAGGAUGGCUUGAUGAUGAGCCUGAGGAGAUAGAUGAUCCGGAAGCUACAAAACCGGAAGAUUGGGAUGAUGAAGAGGAUGGUGAGUGGGAGGCACCAAAGAUUGAUAACCCAAAGUGUGAGGCAGCACCUGGUUGUGGUGAAUGGAAAAGACCAAUGAAGAGGAAUCCUGCCUACAAAGGAAAAUGGCAUGCCCCACUUAUUGACAACCCAAACUACAAGGGUAUUUGGAAGCCACAACAGAUCCCAAACCCUGAUUACUUUGAACUUGACAAACCUGACUUUGAGCCUGUUGCUGCCAUUGGCGUUGAGAUUUGGACAAUGCAAGACGGGAUUUUGUUUGACAACAUCUUGAUUACCAGUGAUGAGAAUGUUGCAGAGACAUAUAGGGAGAAGACAUGGAAGCUGAAGUUUGAAGUUGAGAAAGAGAAGCAGAAGGCCGAGGAAGCAGCUGCAGGUCUUUCAGAUGGGUUAUUAGGCUUUCAGAAGAAGAUUUUUGACCUUCUUUAUAGGGUAGCUGACAUCCCUUUCUUGGAUGCGUAUAAGCUUAAAAUUUUUGAUCUCAUUGAGAAGGGAGAGAAACAACCUAACCUUACAAUAGGCAUUCUUGUCUCCAUUGUGGUGGUUAUAUUGACUGUUUUCAUUAGGCUUCUUUUUGGCAAGAAGAAACCAGCUGUUAAGGUGAGUGAUGAGACCAAAAGCAGUGGGACUGCAGAGACUACAGGAGAUCAAGGAAGCAGUGGAGAAAGGGAAGCAGAGGAUGAGAAGGAAGACACUGCUGCUCCUCGCAGGAGAGCUACCAGACGGGAAACUUGAGGACAGGCUAGUUGUAGUCAUAGGACUUUUUGAAAAAUUUUUAGGUGAUCGCGGUUCAACUGUCAGCCAAAAUUCUUGAUAAAAAGCCCCCAUCCCUAAAAUUUUUGCGUUUUAGAUAUACGUUAGGUGCUGAGUGUACAUGAGACGUGCCUGGGUGCUGAUUAUUAAUUUGUUUCGUAAUUUGAUUGGACUUCUGACUUGAAUUUUUACAUAUUGAAAUUUGAUGUA